UCGCAUACGGUUGUUUCCAUUUGAACAAACUGUUUUUUUUUAGCGGAGUGCGCUGCUGUGAAAUUUUGAAAGCUCUUUUUGGGCCCUUUAAUUUUAUGUAACGGCUGUGCGGCACAUCCGAUAUCCAAGCGAAAGGAGGUCCACACACUCCCCUGGCGCCGCCUGAGCGUGGUCGUCCUGCUCCGCGCUUCUAGCACCAUCACCUCCACCACCACCCCCCAACCCGUGAAACAUACGCGAAAAUCGAUUUCGGCUGCAGGCGCAGGAAGAAACAGCAGAAAGUAUGUCCCACGGCGAUGUGGACCCCGAGGUAGAGAUGACAUCGCCCCACCGUGUUAAUAGGGACGCAGGAAGUCGCCCAGGCUGGCAGACAUUCGGGAAGUUACAGUGCUGGCGGAACAGCAUGCUGCUCCUAGUCGGAGUUGCUUUAUGCGUCCUCGUGCCUGGAUGCAGCGCCACGGACACGGACAUCGCGCUGGACGCCAAGGCCACGCUCAAUCACCGCAUCCAGAGCCUGGACCUUCUAGUCUUCGUGUUCCUGCUGGCGCUCACAGUGCUCACCAUUUGGCUGUUCAAACACCAUCGCGUCUCCUGGCUCCACGAGACCGGAUUGGCCGUCAUCUACGGUUUGAUUGUGGGUGCAAUUAUACGAUAUGCAGGCACCUCCGCCACACUGGUCCACAUACAGGUGGAGCCUCAGGGAGUUCCAACGUACAGCGAUAAGUUGCCUCCUGAUACUCUUUGGUUUAGGUACCCCGUUAACCAAACAAAUGGCACAAAGGCGCCCGAGGUAAUAACGUAUGCCUACGUGUUUCGCGGACAAGUACACGAUGUGGAUGAGAACGAAAUCGAUCUUAAGGCAACGUUCGAUCCGGAGGUCUUUUUCAAUAUUAUCCUGCCCCCAAUUAUUUUUUAUGCGGGCUAUAGCUUAAAAAAGAAAUACUUCUUUCGCAACCUGGGUGCCAUACUUACGUUUGCCAUUGUGGGCACGACAUUGUCGGCCUUCCUGAUCGGAGGCUUCAUGUACGGCUGUGUGAAACUGAUGCCAAAGUACUUGAGUAGCAGUUUCACAUUCCUGGACUCCUUAUACUUUGGAGCUCUGAUAUCGCCCACAGAUCCGCUCACCAUUCUAGCCAUAUUCAACGACCUUCGGGUCGACGUAAACCUAUAUGCGCUAGUCUUGGGCGAAUCUGUGCUCAACGAUGCCGUGGCCAUAGUCCUUAGUGGAGCCAUUCAAAAUUAUGGUGAACACUAUUCCAGUACCGGGGACUUCGAAACUACAGCUUUUCUACGCUCGUUGAGUGACUUCUUCUCCAUCUUCUUUCUAUCCCUGAUGAUUGGCGCGGCCAUGGGAUGCUUGACAGCAUUGAUGACCAAAUUUACUCGGGUUCGAGACUUUCCUUUGCUAGAAUCCGCGCUCUUCGUGCUCAUGAGCUACAGCACCUUCCUGCUGGCUGAGGCUACGGAACUUACUGGUGUGGUGGCCGUGCUCUUCUGCGGCAUCUGCCAGGCUCACUACACCUACAACAACUUGUCGGAGGACUCGCGCCAAAGGACAAAACAGAUCUUCGAGCUCCUAAACUUUCUGGCCGAGAACUUCAUCUUUUCCUACAUUGGCGUAUCUAUGUUCACCUUUCCCAAGCAUCAUUUUGACGCCGGUUUCAUUAUAACAGCUUUUAUUUGCGCUGCCAUUGGAAGAGCCGUCAAUGUGUAUCCCUUGUCCUGGCUGCUGAACAUAAAGCGAAAGCCAAAAAUUUCAACAAACUUUCAGCAUAUGUUGUUCUUUGCUGGACUUCGUGGCGCCAUGUCCUUUGCCUUGGCCAUCCGAAAUACAGUGUCGGCCGAACGACAGACGAUGCUGACUGCUACAUCGCUGAUUGUCAUCUUUACGGUUGUAAUUCAGGGUGGGGCUGCAAAUUUCCUGCUUAAUUGGUUGAAAAUACCCGUUGGCGUGGACGAUGAGACUGAACAACUCAAUAACUAUCAAGUGCACAGUUCUGAUGGUUAUUUGCAGGAUGUGGAGGGCGGUGGGGUUAAUCGCAACAAGAUGCGAUUGUCCGGUGGAACAGAUACUAACUUGGACACGCCCGUCGAUGGUCCGAAUGGCAGUUUGGGCGGAGCAAGCGGCGGCCGCCGGCGCAACAGUCACGAGAAGGCCAUUCUCGCUAGGAUCUGGGGAAACUUUGAUACCAAGUACAUGAAGCCAUUGCUGACGCACUCGCGACCCACUUUGCUGGAGACGCUGCCCGUUUGCUGCAAUCCCAUUGCCAGGUUGCUCACCACCACGCAGCAACUAACGCAGGAUGGAAGCGAGUUCAGGCGCGUGGACUCGGACUCGGACAUUUGCAUAGACAAUGAUACCGGGAACGGUCUCAGUCAGGAUGGAACCGGAGCGGCACCAGGUGUGGGGCGGCGGAACUCCCUGAGUCGCGUAAGUAUUAAGUACACCGCCGAUAAUCACCAUCUACUUGCUAGCUACCGAAAUAUUGAAUAACCGAAUGAGCGAAGCACCCCAGACACCAAAGACUAAUCUAAGCGUAGCAAGCUGGCCACUAACAAAGAAACGAAAAACCUCAACAAAAAAAACUAUAAUCCGAAAGAAUCUACACCACAGAGACUUUGGCAAAGUAGACAUAUUGUUGUAUGAAUUGGACGUGAAAAUGUGAUUUUUGUUUAGCGGUCUUUUGCUUUUGUAUAAUUUUAAAUUUUGUGGUGUAAGCGGAAAUGAUGGAGGUCCAUUAAGUUACACCCUUCAAUAUGGUUGACUAAUUGUUUAAGUUUGUGCGACGGCAAGCGAUUUCCAGUAUACUAUAACACCUAUGUAAUAUUGUUUUGACUGUUAACUACUACUAAAUGCAUGCUUAACAAAUAUACUUAUGUAACCAAAAUGUAACAACUCUCUCGGCGAUGAUCUAAUUUAUUUAUUGAUUUAUGCGGCAUCUUUCUUUCUUUCUGUCUUUCCUUCGACCAAUCGAUCAAUCAAUCAUCUAACAAACUCAUGCGGACUCUAUCAAUUUAACUUUGGUUGCUCUAACAACAAUACCAACAACUCUAACAACUAAUUACAAACUGCAUUCAUCCUAAAAAAACAAUAAUCCAUGUCCACCAACGGUCAAUGGUAAUGCCCCCAAACAAAAGUCUGUUCACUUGAACGAGGCCAAUCACCUAGCAAACGAACUCAGCCUGGUUACUAACAAUUUCAUGUAAUCCAAAGAGCGGACCCUAUUUAUUUUUGUAUUUGAUUUAUUUGUUAUUUAUAAUAUUUUGUUCGAUUCUGUCUACUUUUCCUUGGUAAACCCAUUGUAACGAAUCACAGACGGAGACCCAGACAUGAUUAACGUAGCCACGAGUCAGUGAUAUUGAAAUCCGAUUAACCUAUGCUUCUUAGAGCACAGCAGUCAGGAAUGUUCGUUUAUAUUGUUCACUUUUAAUUUCUGUAUUUUUCCUCAUAAUCUAAUUUCUUAGAUUCUAACACGCGACUAACCAUGUAAGUACAAAUUGAAUUGCAGUUGAUUUCCUCAUUUUCCUAACGCCUAUUGUACAUAAAAGCGCAUCUCAAGUCGAAAAUUAACCAUUACUUCAUAUUAAUUUACAAAGUCCCAGUGUUUUCAAUUUUUUGUUAAUGAUUUUGUUUGCUUUUAGGUUGGAGGCGAUCAUCGAAAUGCUUACAUAUAAGUUCAAUUAGUUGUUAGUUUUCUUUUGUUAUUUAUUGAAUUGGUCUCAUCUGAAAUCGAAAAUGUGAAAACUGUACAAAUUAGAAUAUUACUUUUCAGUUUCUCCUUGUUUAUGGAAAUGUGAUUCGGAACUCUAGUAAUAAACACAAAUCUAAAAGUUGUUGUGCAACUAUUUAAGAUCAGUAAGGGCACAGAAGCUAUAAAAAUGCUUUCUAUCAUCGAGUGACGUACACCAACACCAUACCUUAUAACACGAUAAAUUACAUGCAUACGAGUAUAUAGCCUCUUUGAUUCUAUUAUUUUUAGAACUUGCCUCUGCAAUUUACCUAGUUUUUUGUAUAUACAUAAAUAUAUUUAUACCCAAGCCAAAUUGAAUGGCAUAGCAAAA